AUGAGGCUAGGCAAUGAGAGGCAAGGUGUGGCACGAGUCAAGGCACAAGGUGUGAUGAUGGGCAUGGUGAGUGACGAGAAUAACCGCUGGAGGAAAAGAGGGAUUUCAGUUGUCCCUAUGAGAUAUAGAUUUGAUUAUUUGAGUAAUUUUUAUGCAAUUGUAUCAGUUUAUGCUCAUGAUGGAGCAAUCUCAGUUGCACAUGGAGGAAUUGAAUGUGGGCAAGGAAUAAAUACUGAGCUGAAUGUUAGGUAUUCUGGUAUCACAGAUGCCUUAAAGAAUUACUACAUUUAUGGAGUAACUGUGGCUGAAGUGGAAGUUGAUGUGCUAACAGGAGAACACCAGAUACUUCAUGUAGACAUACUGGAAGAUGCUGGAGAAAGCCUAAGCCCAGAGAUUGAUAUAGGUCAAGUAGAAGGAGCCUUUGUGAUGGGUCUUGGCUAUUGGUUAAAGGAAUUCAUGGUUUAUGAUAAUGAUACUGGAAAGGCAUUGACAAACAGAACCUGGAACUACAAACCUCCUGGUGCCAAAGAUAUCCCUAUUGACUUCAGAAUACAACUGCGGAAAAAUGCUCCUAAUCCUGUUGGCGUUCUUCGUUCAAAAGGUAGGUUUCUGUUAGAAGUGUUUGUGUUAAAUUAA